AUGCGGCCUUCAGAAGCUUGGAAACAGAUAACUGCAGCUGACUGGUCCAACCUGACCUUUCACCUGGAGAAAUCCCUGACCAGUGCUUUGGGUCAGUACCUGGACAACUGGAGGCAUAAUGUGACAGCUGCAGCAAACGCUUUGGACAAGACUCUGGCAGAGGAGAACUUCAAGAAUGUCAUCUGGUAUCUGGCUGUGAUGAUUGGCAUGUUUGCCUUUAUUGUUGUGGCCAUUCUAGUUAGCACGGUCAAAUCCAAGCGGAGGGAGCACUCCAAUGACCCCUACCACCAGUACAUCAAGGAGGACUGGACCGCUCAGAUACAGCAGGGUGACGUCUUUGCUAACUUUGCAGCUAAAUAGUGCAAACACGACUUAUAAGAUGAAACAGCAGCAACUGCAGGUGCAACUCUUAAAAAAAAAAAGAUAAACUUUUUAUUGAAACGUGUUCAAAAUAAUAAAAUGACAUCAAUA